UCUACUGUUGGGUCUUCAAAUUCUGUUGGUACUGUUAUGCCUUUCACUUCUGAGCAGAUUUCUAAGUUGUUGAGUCUUGUUGGAGAAAGUUCUGGUGGUGAACAGGCUAAAUCCAAUAUGGGAGGAUUUGAGAUCCAAGAAGGUCCUGGUGACUGGUAGUCAGGACAAUGGCUUAUACUUUGUUGGGAAACAUGGUUACCCUCUUCUGUGUUGUUAGGUAAAAGUCCUUAUGAGAUAGUCUUUGGUUUUAAACCCUCUUUAAUGCAUCUUAGAAACUUCGGGUGUUUGUGUUUUAGCACUGUGUUAAAUGAAACAGACAAGUUUACUUAUCAUGCUGAUAAGUGUGUAUUGAUUGGGUAUUCUAAUGUUAAGAAAGGGUAUAAAUUGUGGAGUCUAGAUAAUAAGAAGGUCUUAUUUUCUAGAGAUGUUAAGUUUUAUGAGGAUGUUUACCCUUUCAAGAGUAAACAUGUUGGUAAUUCAGAAUUUAUUGAUAAAAACCUAAAUCAUAUAACCUUUUUUGACUGCUAUGAUAAUGAAACACCUGAAGUUUCACAAAUGCCCGAUGAUGAAGAGGGUAAUAAUGGCUCUCAUGGUAGUUCCAGUGAUGAUCAGCAGCCAUUAGGACCCUCCACAUCUACCAUAACCAGUGUUGCUGAUCAACCUCAGCAAGUUCCAACUGGUUAUGAAGGAAGUAGUGAAACUGGGUUUUAUGGCGAGGCAGAGGACAGUGGAACACCAAGUGAUGAGACCAACCUAUCUGAGGGUGCUGGUCUUGGUCUUAGAAAGUCUACUAGGACUUCAGUUGUUCCAAAAAGGUUUGAGGACUAUGUGUUAAGUGGAACUGCUAAGUAUAGUAUAGAUAAAACUGUGAAUUAUGCUUGUUUGUCUAAAGAAAAUUUUAGUUUUGUUAGUUUGUUGAAUAAAACUCUUGAGCCUACUUGUUAUAAUGAGGCUGCUAAAGACCCUAGGUGGGUCGAGGCAAUGAAUAAGGAAAUGGAGGCCUUAUUCAGAAACAAUACCUGGACACUUGUUGAUUUACCCCCUAGUAGAAAACCCAUUGGCUGUAAAUGGGUUUAUAAGGUCAAGUACAAGUCUAGUGGAGAAAUAGAAAGGUUCAAAGCUAGACUUGUGGCCAAGGGGUUUAAUCAAAGGGAAGGUUUGGAUUUUGGGGAAACAUUUUCACCCGUAGUGAAAAUGGUAACUGUGAGAUGUAUAAUUGCUCUUGCUGUUCAAAAUGAUUGGCCCAUGUUUCAGCUUGACAUUAAUAAUGCCUUCUUGUAUGGCACUAUUAAUGAAGAUGUGUAUAUGUGUUUGCCUGAGGGUUAUUAUUCUCCUGAUGAGACAAGAGUGUGUAAACUGGUUAAGUCGUUGUAUGGGCUGAAACAGGCCCCUAGGAAAUGGAAUGAAAGGUUAAAUAGUGUGCUUGUUGACUAUGGAUUUGUGCAAAGCAAGUGUGAUCAUUCUAUGUAUGUUUUGGCUAAACAAAAGGUGUUUGUUAUUCUUUUAGUUUAUGUGGACGACAUUGUUGUUACUGGAAACAGUGUUGAUGAAGUUAGUAAAAUUAAGGGUAUUUUGAAUUCAAACUUUCAAAUUAAAGAUUUGGGUAAACUGAAAUAUUUCUUAGGCAUUGAGGUCUUAUAUAAUGAAUCUGGUGUGUGCUUGAAUCAGAGAAAAUAUUGCUUGGAACUUUUGAGUGCAUUUGGUUAUUUGGCAUGCAAACCUAUUAACACACCAAUUGAACAAAGUUAUGUGGUAACUGCUAAGGUAUCUAAGAGUCAAAGUGUUUUGAAAAAUGUCACUGGUUUUCAAAAAUUAAUAGGGAAACUAAUCUAUCUCUCCUUGACUCGUCCGGAUAUCAGUUAUGCUGUGCAAUUUCUGAGUCAGUUUAUGCACAGUCCAACUGAUGUUCAUUUGCAAAUCGCCUUAAGGUUGUUAAGGUAUCUCAAAUCUGGUCCUGGUUGUGGUUUGCUGUUCAAAAGGAGUGAUAGACUAGAUCUUGUUGGUUAUGUGGACUCGGACUGGGCAAAAUGUUUGUCCACUAGAAAAUCUGUGACUGGUUAUUGUGUCUAUCUUGGCAGUUCUCUUGUUUCUUGGAAAAGCAAGAAACAGAGCACUGUUUCAAGGUCUACAGGUGAAGCCGAGUAUCGAGCUAUGUGCUCGGCAACUUGUGAGAUAAUGUGGUUGCUGAAUUUGUUGAGGGAAGUGGGUGUUAAUUGUGGUUUGCCAGUUAAAUUAUAUUGUGACAGUAAGGCUGCUAUGUCUAUAGCAGCCAACCCUGUUUUCCAUGAAAAAACUAAACACUUUGAGAUUGAUCUUCACUUUCUAAGAGAAAAGGUAAGUUCAGGGGUUAUUGAAACUGUUAAAGUUGACUCUGAGAGUCAACCAGCAGAUGGUUUUACCAAAGGGUUAAGUGUUGUGCAACAUAAGAAGUUUUGUGAAAAGUUAGGAAUUGUUAAUUGGUUUUCAUAUUUGAAUGAAGAGGGGAUGUUAAAAGAAUGAGAGUUAUAUUCAUUUUGUUCAUUCAAAUAUUCAGUUAUAUAUUUCUAACCGAUUGAUAAAGUGGUUAUGACAGGUUGUUGUUCUUAAAGGGCCUUGUUGUAACUAUUGGAAGUUUAUGGUAUGUUGGAAGAUAGUUCAAGGGUGCAGACUGUAACUUCAGAUAUUUUUGAUAUAUAUUGAGAGUUUCUCUCUCAUAGUUCCAGAUUCAUCUCCGAUCAUCUUUCACAUUCACUCUGAUCUAUUUCACCCUUUGUAUUUCUUGUGUUGUAUUGUACCGAUCUGCUGAUGUUGUUGGUGAGAUCUCAACUGUGAGAUCAAGCUUUGUAGAUCAGGUUGUUUCUUUCUGUAUUUGUUCAUAUUUGUCUUGUAUUCAUAUAGAUCAACUGAUUGAAUCAGUUGAUCUGGACAUUUGUUCAUAUAGAUCUUACAUUUAGUAAGAUCUUUGGGUAUUGGGGGGUGUUUUCUGGUUUGGGUGAAUAAUAAGAUUUUGGUCACGGUUUUGUCGCUA